AGUUCUACUUGAACAACCCUGCCAACCACACCACCAGCGGGCUGAAUUCAAAACCGGAACGCUGGUGUGCAAUUUCGAGCGCCAAAUUUCAUCAGAAUGGAGAAAAAUUCAACGUGUUUGCCGAAAAUUGGUACCGGAUCGCUGGGUGUCGCCGAGGCGCAAUCCACCUGGAGCCGGAUGCGCGUGAAGAACAUCCUGAACGCGAAGGGCUACAUCGUCGGACGGUGCAUCGGCUCGGGCUCGUACUCGAAAGUGUACCAAGCCGUCUACCGUCCGGUGCUGCUCGAAACCGGUCCCGGCCACGCCAUCGCCCUGAAGCUGAUCGAUCGGCGCCGAACGUCCAAGGACUACGAGCGCUUGCUGCCGCGGGAAACGGUCGCCAUGCUCGCGCUGAACCAUCCAAACAUCGUGUCGGUAAUGUCGAUCCAGGAGUACGGGCCGUUCGUGUGCGUGUUUAUGGACUUUUGCCGGUGCGGCGAUCUGCUGCAGUACGUGCAGGUGCGCAAGCGAAUCUCGGAGCGCCGGUCGAAGCUGUUCUUCCGGCAGCUGGUGCGGGCGGUACAGUACAUGCACGACCAGGGCUUCUGCCAUCGGGACAUCAAGUGCGAGAAUGUGCUGCUGGCCAGCCAGGACUAUGUGAAGCUAACGGAUUUCAGCUUCGCCAAACAGUGUAGCGAACCGAAGCGUGGAGCCAGCGAGCUGAGCACGACGUACUGCGGAUCGAUUGCGUACACUGCGCCCGAAGUGCUCAAAGGCAUUCCGUACGACCCGAAGGCACACGACAUGUGGUCGCUGGGGUGCGUACUGUUCAUCAUGGUGACCGGCACGAUGCCGUUCGAUGAGAGCAAUAUCGCGAUCACGAUAGGGCACCAGGAGCGUAAGCAGUACGGCUAUCCGCCGGGGCUGAAGCUGAACCCAGCGAUACUGGACCUGAUUGACCGCAUGAUCGAACCGGACGUUAGUGUGCGUGCUACGAUAGGGCAGGUGGCGGAAGACUCGUGGGUUUUGGUGUGAUGUGCCUGUCGGUUGGACUCAUGGGACUACUCACCA